AUUUAAAUAUGUUCAGAAAGCAAGAUUUCAAAAAAGUUGACUUGCUCGGCUCAAGCAAGAAGAACACUAAGAUCUUCAAGGCAGAACAUUUGCCAACAGGCAAAUUCUUUGCUCUUAAAGAAGUUGAAGCCAAGACCAUUGAGAAACUGAAUGAGUACAAAGAAGAAGCUGUGCAACUUGGGAAAGUUAGAAAUCACCCUAAUAUUAAUCAGACUUAUGGGUACUAUUUCUAUGAGACAAAUUACAAAACUUUCAGACUUGCGAUUGUAAUUGAACUCAUCGAUGACACUACUAACCUAGAAAAAGUCUAUAGGAAGAGACAUAAGAAGGGACCAUAUUGGAAGGAAGAAGAGCUGGAGAAAAUGAUCGUCUCCUUGAUUUCUACACUUAGCUAUCUACAAGGAAUUGGAAUCUGUCACAGAGAUAUCAAGCCAAGCAACCUUUUCAUUCUUAAAUCCUGUGAAAUCAAAGUCAUUGACUUCGGAGAAAGUAAGGAUUAUUACGCAGAUGAUGAGAACGGAGGAGAGACCGAUGCAACAAUUAGAGGUACACCUCAAUAUCUGAGUCCGACUCUCUGGCAAGCCUAUAUGGUGGAUAAGAACUCUAGACAUGCAACCCACAACAUCUACAAGUCAGAUGUGUUUUCUUCAGGACUGGUAUUCUUACAAUUGGCCUUACUCGAUGAUAUUACUGGUUGUAAUAAUCCUGAAGAUGGAGAGAAAGCAAUAGAUCUUUGUUUAAAAGAGCUCUCAAAAAGAUAUUCAAACCAUAUUAUAGAAAUCCUUCGGAUGAUGCUUAAUUUUGAUGAGAAAGAAAGACCUAGCUUUGUUGAACUUGCUAAACAAGUUUUCACCAGUGAAGACGUUUCCAUGCAGUCAAAGAAAGAAGAAAUUGCCACUAGAGAGGAGGUUAAAGAGAAUUUCCCUUCUUCAACUCUACCUAGAAAGAAGAGGAGCUCAAGAGAGAUGGUGAAUUCCCAGAAUGAAAGCCAUCACUUAAAGGAAGAUUCAAAUUCUUUUGGUGGUGAUAUGGAUGAGAGCUCUAAUUUCCUCUCCCAAUCUGAUUUAUUCAAGAACUACGUUGAGGUCAACAAUCUGUAUGUGAAUUCGGAACCAGAAAUGUUCUGGUUCGAAUUUGGAGGUCAGAGGAUUGGAAAACUUGACUUGAAAUCAGGACCUGAACUUGAAGAACCAUGAACUUGGAAGCUACUUGGAAAAUAUAAAUACGAAUUCUCAUCUCAUUUCACAAUUGUCUUUACAGAUGAGAAGCAUGGGAUGUACAUCUUGGGAGGAAGGAGCAACAAUUGUCUAAAUUUUAAGGAUAAAUAAUGUUGUUUGCAAAGCUAAGAUGUCUGAAAAGACCUUCUUCAGUGCUGUAUACCUCAAUGGUCUCAUCUACACUUUUGGAGGGUAUGAUAGCUAUGACAAAGUUCAGCUCAAUACCUGAGAAUACUACAAUAUUGAGGAGAACAAGUGGUACUCUAACGACUCAGUGAAGCUGACAACCAAUAGAUCUCAAAGCUCAGCAUGUAUUCUAGAUGAUGAGACAAUUUUUAUUUUCGGGGGAUUUAACAAGGAAUCUGGAACUUUGUGUAGUGUUGAAAAGUUUGAUGUAAAGACGAACAAGAUUACUUCAAUGUCUUUGACUAUGCCAAACCCACUCAGAAGAUUUAGCUCCAUCAAAAUAUCCACAUCUAAGAUCCUUCUCAUCGGUGGAGUUGAAAGGAUGGACAAGGUCUCUGAUGCAGUAUACUGAUUCGAUUUAGACACUGAAUACAGAAUCGAGAAGCUUGAUAGAAUAGAAAGAGGUGGAAUCGUUGAUUAUCCUAUUUUAGUUGACUCCAUUGGAAACUUACAUCUUUUCUUGGAAAAUAAUUAUGGAACAUCACCUCCUUUCGAUGUGGUGUAUUCCUUCCUGGAGUAUUCUUAAAUUAUAUAUUCUUCAAUAUAAA